AUGUCAGGACCGUAUGACAACAACCAAGGCUACUAUGGAGGCCAGCAGCAGGGAUAUGGCGGAUACCCCCAGCAAGGAGCCGGAUAUGACCAGUCUUAUAAUCCUCAAUAUGCUCAACAGCACAGUUAUGGCCAGCAAGGCUACGACCAGAGCCAGAACCAAGGCUAUGGCCAGCAGGGCUACGACCAGAGCCACAACCAAGGUUAUGGUCAGCAGCAGGGCUACGGUCAGCAAGGCCAAUACGGUGAACCACACCGCGGGGCGAGUGAUUAUCAUGGACAACAACAACAGCAUUAUGAUCAACACCAACAAUCCCAGUACGGACAGGAAGGUGCUGCCCCUGGCGGAGCCCAAGAGGGUGAGCGUGGUCUUGGCGGAGCAGUUGCGGGCGGGUUAGCUGGUGCUUUCGCCGGUCAUAAAGUUAAUCAUGGAAUCCUAGGCACGAUUGGUGGGGCCAUUGUGGGUUCUCUUGCUCAAGAUGCACUGAAAAAGAAGGAUAAGCACAAGGACGAUCCAAACCAAGGUUAUUAUGACCAGUCCCAGUACGGAGGCUCCCAUCACUCCGGCCAGUCAAAGAUGGACUCCCUCGGCAGCUUCUUCAAGAAAUAA